AUGACCGAUGUCCUAUUGAAUUCUCACUCUGACUCAAACAAUCCAAUCAGAUUGUCUCCCACUAUCGUCAUCCGAUGCCACUUGUGGAUAGGAGAUCAGCUCGUCACUGACCGAGUUCCGUAUCUUGGUGCCGGUCAAAUCGCUUAUCAGGUCGCCGAUGUCAACACAAACCCUUGUCACCUCGAUUUUGAGUCCGAAAGUCCAAGCUUCAUCGAGUUCUCCCAAUCGAUCUUUGAACACAUCCAAUCGUGUGCACUCAACAUCCCCAACUUACUAGCCGUAUUGAAAUGGGCAUAUUCCAUUCGACAAGAGAACCCAUUGCGCACGUGGGCUAUGGAUUCAUCAAACGAGCAAGGAUUUGAGGACUUCAUUUGUGCCUUGAGGAAUGUCUACGAUGAGGCGUACAUUUCGAUCAGCGUCAAGUUGAACCGACCAGUGGGUCUUUCAUGA